AUGAGCACUAUCAUGUUCCUAAAUAUUCCCUUUAUACUAACUUCAAUUGCAUAUUUUCUUGUCCCAGCGUUAUCUCAGACUCCAUCAUCACCCUUUAACUACCAAGGAGAAUGGCACCUCUUGCAACCAAGCACUGGCAUAUCAGCCAUGCACAUGCAACUUCUACACAACGACAAAGUCAUCAUGUUUGACCGAACCGAUUUUGGCAUCUCCGAUCUCCCUCUUUCCAAUGGACGUUGUCGUAUGGACCCACACGACACUGCCCUAAAAAUCGAUUGUUCUGCUCACUCUAUACUAUAUGACAUACCAACAAACACGUUUCGACCCUUAAUGGUACAAUCAGACACGUGGUGUUCCUCAGGCUCUGUUCUCCCUAACGGAACCCUUGUUCAAACAGGUGGUUUUAACGAUGGUGCACGUAGCAUUCGCUUUUUCACUACAUGCUUCGACGCAACCUGCGACUGGGUCGAAUUCCCAGGUCUCUUAUCCCAACGAAGAUGGUAUGCAACAAAUCAAAUACUUCCAGAUGGUAGCGUAAUUGUUGUUGGAGGUAGAAAACAAUACAACUACGAAUUCUACCCUAGAACCCUCCAAAACUCUCCCUCAUCAAUUUACCUUAGCUUUCUCCAAGACACCACCGAUCCAUAUGAAAACAACUUGUACCCUUUCGUGCACCUUUUACCCAAUGGAAACCUCUUCAUUUUCGCUAAUACCCGUUCCGUUUUAUUAGACUACAAACAAAACCACGUGCUCAAAGAGUUCCCUCCAAUCCCUGGUGGAGAUCCCCGUAACUACCCAAGCUCAGGUUCUUCUGUUCUUCUUCCACUAGACGAAAACAGAGGCUCCAUAGAAGCUGAAGUUAUGGUUUGCGGAGGAGCGCCACGUGGCUCCUUCGAGAGUGCAUUAAAAGGUAUCUUCAUGAAAGCCCUAAGCACGUGUGGAAGGCUUAAAGUCACUGAUCCUAACCCUUCUUGGGUGAUGGAGAACAUGCCAAUGCCAAGAGCAAUGGGAGACAUGCUACUUCUCCCUAACGGCCACGUCGUUAUAAUUAACGGCGCUGGUGCAGGAACAGCCGGGUGGGAACACGGCCGUGAACCGGUUUUAACGCCGAUGAUAUUCCGGCCGUCGGAGACAGAUUCACGGUUGAGGUUUAGUGUAAUGGCACCCGCUUCAAGACCUAGGCUAUACCAUUCCUCAACGAUCUUGUUGAAAGAUGGAAGAGUGUUAGUUGGUGGUAGCAACCCACAUGUUUAUUACAAUUUCAGUGGCGUUGAGUACCCCACUGAUCUUAGUUUGGAAGCUUUUUCUCCACCUUAUUUGGCAUCGGUGAAUGAUCCGGUGCGGCCAACGAUUAGGUUUAUUUCAAAUAGUACUGUAUUGGGGUAUAGGGCGUUUUCUUAUGUCACGUUCACGGUUGCUAAUUAUGCUUCGGCGAGUGAAGUGUCGGUUAGGAUCCUUGCACCGUCGUUUACGACGCACUCUUAUGCGAUGAAUCAGAGGAUGGUGGUGUUGAAAUUGACUGGCGUUAAGCAUGUCGUCGGAUACACUUAUUAUGCCACCUUGGUGGGGCCGUCCACGGCGGAGAUUGCGCCGCCGGGGUACUACUUGUUGUUUGUGGUGCAUGCGGGUGUACCAAGUUGGGGUUCGUGGGUGCAAGUGAUGUAA